ACGCGGCCUAAUCGCGUAGCUCUCUCUAGACAACAACGACGAUGACGCGGUGAAUAUGGUGUCGUCGGAAAAACGACCGAAAUCGGUAUCAGCGAUGGCAAAUACGCCACUCAAGUCCUUCACCAUCAACGCGAUUCUGCCCGAGACAUUGUUGGACCGAAGAAGUGUGGUUUCGGAGGAGGACGAGGAGUAUGGUGAUCGGCAGGAGGAAGGGUCGGACGUGGAGGGUGUAGGGGGUGAUGUUGGUGGUGAUGUGGCGAGUGAUUGCGAAUCGGAUUUGGACGUUACGGGCACGGGAACGCCGCCGUUGGAUUGUUCGGGGCGGUCUAGUGAAGGUGACUCGAAAAACGACAAUGCUGAAGAAAAAGAAAAGAAAGCCAACGACAAGCCUCCUUACAGCUAUAACGCCCUUAUCAUGAUGGCCAUCCGAAACAGCCCGGAAAAAAGACUGACCCUAAACGGUAUAUACGAGUACAUAAUGAAAAACUUUCCGUACUAUCGUGAAAACAAACAAGGAUGGCAGAAUUCCAUUAGGCAUAAUCUCAGUUUGAACAAAUGUUUCGUUAAGGUGCCUAGACAUUAUGACGACCCCGGUAAAGGCAACUACUGGAUGCUGGAUCCGUCUGCAGACGACGUGUUUAUCGGAGGAUCUACUGGAAAGCUCCGUAGGAGAUCCACAGCAGCUUCGAGGAGCCGUCUGGCUGCUUUUAAAAGAACACUAGCUUUGUAUCCACCCAUUCCUGGAUGUUACUCGCCAUUUUACCCUCCAUCUCCAGCCCUACUAGCUGCCUACUCUCGUUACAACCCCUACCUUCACAGUGCCCUACCCAGACCAAAUUUUCCUGCACAGCCAGGCUAUCCUCUGGACAAGGCCAUGAGUGCCUCGGCACCCGAACUGUCCAGCAUGCCUUCAAUAUUUCGACCUCCAUCAUCGCUACUACAGAUGUACAGUAAUCUUAGGCUAGCAACACCGCUGGAGUAUCCUCUGCAGCUACCUUUGGUCAACUUGGCGUACCAGAGGAUGCAAAGCAUGUCGGCUGCAGGGAUGUCACCUCCUGAAGGGGUACCUCCACCGCCGCCUGCCCCUGAAGGACUUCUUAAGCCGGUAACAGUGAUAACUAGGAACAAUUAAUGUUUGUUGAAUGCCUUAGUGAACAAAUUUUGGCCCAGUGGUAAAAAGUCAAUUCUAUUCUAAUGUAGAUAGUCUAGAAGAAAAUAUGUUUUUCACAAAGAAAUGUGCAAAAAUAGUGAAGAACUUGAAAAUAUAAAUACUGAAUUUCUACAUUAUUUUUGUAGACGUAGAAACUCGUGAUUUAUAUCAUACUAACCAGAAAUAUAUACAAUUUACCGAACUUGAUAAAAAUUAGAACGUUUUUAAGACAUGUCUGGUAAUAAGUAAUUACUUUGACAAUUAUCUAAUCUAAAAAUACUAUAAAACUAAAAUUACUUUUACAACAAAAUCUCAAAAUAUUAUUAACGCUAAAAUAUGAUAUACUUUCGAUAUUACUCAAUAAGUAUAAACAGUGAUAUUCGUAUUUAUUUUUUAACAACACAUUAGCCAGUUUGUUUCAAACAUAACUGUAUUUAGUGGGCAUGUCUUAUUUUUGCGUCAAUAUUUGUUAUUAAUUAACCUUCGGUAUAUAUGACAAAUGGCAAGUGUCACAAAAGUAUAAUUAAUUAUUUAUUCUAUGUAAAUAUUUAUAAAUUUUUGUACAUAUAUUAGAUUAGAAAAUUAAAAUAGGAUAAAAAACGCCUUGCUUGACGAAAUAACACGUUGUACCUUGUAAUUGUUGGUCCUGUGAUGUAAAUAUGCAAAUUAGAUU